AUGGACUGCUUCCGCCGUGGAGCUGUCGAGGAGCCGCGAGCGAACAAGCUGGACGCGUGGAAGGUCCCCGUUGCCGAGUUGACCGGCGCCGUCCCCGUCCUCACCACGAGCUUGGCCGACCUCGAUGUGGCCGACCUCAAGCGCUUCUUGGUCACCAAGUUUGAGAUCGAAGCUGCUUGGCAAUCGUUCAAGGUCAUGAACUCGUGUGGCUCGUCACGAGCAACGGCGGAUACACCGGCCUCUAGCGCGCACGGCGGCCGCGACAACGGCAUGUGCAACGUCGCGAUCGUGUACCCGGCAUGUCGAGCCCACCAUCCGCCAGCCUUUGACCAGCACGACCAAGGUGCCGGUCCCCACCACACACUGCCAAACCCGAUCUUGAUCCUUGGACCGAUGUACACGACCGAGGCGUACUCGAGGAUGGUGUGGAAGCCGGUCACUCGGAAGGAAGUGCAAGGCCAUUGUGCAUUCUACGGGAACGAGAUAACGACGCCGCCGCUAGAUCCAAUUUUGCGACGACUUGACCGGAUGCUUCGAUUCGCCCUGCGUGUGUCCAUCGCCUGGUUGAUGCGGUCGGCCAUGGUGGCAAACAUCGCGGACGAAGUUGUGCCGGAAUUCACGGACGGGUUUGGCUGCGAUGGGCCGCUUCCGAAUGUCGACUUUUAUGGCAACGAUCUGUUUCACAUGCCAGGCGACAGCAACACGUGCAAGGAGACGUGCAAGGACACCCGUGCGUGCGGAGCCUUCACCGUGGCCCACGGCGUGUGCUACGUCAAGGCGGACGUGAGCGCCAACGUGGUGUCCAAGCGGGGCUGCAGCUCGUAUAUUUGCUAUCGCCAAGCGCCGUAA